UUAUAGUGGUCCUCAAGCGCUGAUUAACUUGAUGUUAACUUCUCCGCGCUGCAAAGCUUGAGCAUCAAGACUAUCCUGCAUUUGCAGGUAACGAAGAGAGACGGAGCAUCCUGAUAACCCCAUGCUAUGAAUCAGUCAGAAAGGAGACGCGAAACCAGUUUUUGGACACAUGGUGCCAGUUAGAGUACAAAAGAGACGGAUUGUUUGCCAUUCACCAUGAGCGUUCUGGCAAGGCUAAGCUGUUGCCUAACGUCGCAACAAUAACGCGGGAAAAGUCGGGGUAAGCAGAACAUCUGACGCUGCUGGCCGGCUGUUCGACAGUGCCGAUGGGACUUCUCCUCGUCAAACAGAAUGAUUAUAAAACCACGUUCCAUCGUAAUAAACAUGGAAACUAGAUUGCGCACACCCGAUCUAACUUGCACGCAAGAUAGAAUACUGUGGCACACCUCUUUGUCGAGUGCACAUCAGAGAAUCAUCAAAUCACCACAGCUAUGAGCGUAGAAGAGGAUGGAACCACCACUCACAAAGACAAAGAUACACGCGGAUGUCGAUACCUCCUGGGGAAUGACACCUCAGACACACUGACGCUUCCCGACGGGCGCAAGCUGGGCUACGCACGGUACGGUUCGCCUACUGGCCAUGCAAUCUUCUAUCACCACGGACUUCCAGGGUCGCGCAUCGAAGCAGCUUCGUACCAGGAUAUUGCUCUUGAGCUCGGCUUACGGAUAAUCGCGGUCGAUAGACCUGGAAUCGGCUUGAGCACGCCACAUCCCCAACGAACAUUGCUGGAUUGUCCGAGAGACCUACAAUGUCUCGUUGACCAUCUGCAACUCAAGAGCUACUCUGUGCUGGGCGCAUCUGGCGGAGGCCCCUAUACUCUUGCAUGCGCAGCAGCACUCCCUGCGUCGAAGCUCAAAUGCGUAUCCGUUGUAUGUGGGGUCGGACCAAUGGACAUCGGCAUGAAGGGAGCAGACUUCCAGCACCAGAUUGGCUUCCCGUACGCAUGGAAGUACGCGCCCGUCUUCCUCCUCAAAUGGUUCUUCAACCGCGAUGCUUUCGGGCGCAUGGAUCUGAGUGACGAGCAGCGACUUCAACGUGUGCUUGACCCCUCAAACCUCGCCUCAAUCAAGGAUCUGAGGGAUCGCGAGAUCAUGGCAGACGAGGAUUUCAUCCGCCUGGUGUUACGAUCAACUCGCGAAGCGAGAGCGCAGGGGUUCGAUGGUAUAGCGCUGGAUGGGAGAACGAUAUGUAGUGACUGGGGUUUCCGCGUUGAGGAUAUCAGGAAGGAUCUGCCAGUGCAGUUGUGGUAUGGCAAGGAUGACUGUUUCGUGCCUGCCCAUCAUGGAGUGCAGAUUGCUGCAAGACUGGGUGGUGGCAUCGAGAACGUCGUUUUGAGGGUAGAAGAUGAUACGCAUACGACUAUCACGCAGAGGUGGAAGAGGGCGCAGCUUGAAGCUAUUGCUGCCGUCAUGCAGGGAUGAGGAUGCCAAGCCUGUGCUGCGGUCGAUCCCACUC